AUGACUACUGUGGGUAACUACUUGGCAACAAGACUUGUACAAGCUGGGAUCAAAAACCACUUUACAGUUCCUGGUGACUAUAACCUUGUAUUACUUGAUAAGCUCCAAGAACACCCCGAGCUUGAAGAAGUCAACUGCUGUAAUGAGCUUAACUGCUCUUUUGCUGCUGAGGGCUAUGCAAGAACAAAAGGGAUUGCAGCUGUUGUCGUUACGUUUAGUGUCGGUGCCUUUUCAGCUUUUAAUGGUAUUGGAAGUGCUUAUGGCGAAAACUUGCCUGUGAUCUUGAUUAGUGGCUCUCCCAACACUAAUGAUAGCAGCGAUCACCGCUUGCUACACCACACAAUCGGAACCCAUAACUAUGACUAUCAAUAUGAGAUGGCAAAACAGAUAACUUGCGCUGCUGUUCAAAUCAAGUAUCCUGAAGACGCGCCAAGUUUGAUAGACUACGCGAUUAGAGAAUGCCUGGCAAAGAAAAAGCCAUGCUACAUUGAAGUCCCCACAAACAUGGCGUCUGCAAUUUGUGCACCUCCAGGGCCAAUUAGUAGUUUGGUAAACUCAGUUCCGACUCCUAAAGAUGUUCUAUCGCAGGCUGUCAAUGCGUCGGUCGAUUUCAUUAAUAGCCAUUUAAAACCAACAUUACUUGCUGGCCCGAAGUUGAAAUGUGCUGAUGCUCAAAAGGCUUUCUUACGUCUUGCUGAAGCACUGAAAUGUGCAGUAGCUGUGCAACCUGCUGCAAAGUCAAUGUUUCCCGAGGACCAUCCACAGUUUGCCGGCGUAUACUGGGGACAAGUGAGCACCAAAAAGGCUGACGCUAUACUCGAGUGGUCUGACUUAACCAUUUGCGCAGGCUGUAUCUUCACAGACUACAGCACUACCGGAUGGACUGCACUUCAACCCUCUAGCCACCGACUUGAAGCAGAUGCUGAUAACGUAAGAUUUCCCGGCCACUCCUUUGACCAAAUUGGACUUGCGAAUUUUUUAAAUGUCCUUGCUGAAAGAGUUUCAGAAAAUGAUAAAAGUUUAAUCGAGUACAACCGUCUCCGUCAGUCUCCUCCCUUGAUUAAGGCGGCGGACCCCAAAGCUGCUAUUACCAGAAAAGAGAUGGCAAGGCAAAUUCAACAGUUGAUCACACCUAAAACUACCUUAUUUGCUGAAACAGGGGAUUCUUGGUUCAAUGGUGUUCAGAUGGAUCUCCCAAAAGGUGCACUAUUUGAAGUUGAAAUGCAGUGGGGACACAUCGGCUGGUCAGUUCCUGCAAGCUUGGGAUAUGCAGUCGGUGCGCCAGAUAGGAGAAUCAUCACCAUGGUGGGAGAUGGAUCUUUUCAAAUGACGGCCCAAGAAGUUUCCUUGAUGGUUCGUUUGAGAAAACCUAUCAUUAUUUUUUUGAUCAACAACUAUGGGUACACAAUUGAAGUUGAGAUUCAUGACGGUCCCUAUAACAAUAUCAAAAACUGGAAUUAUGCUGCUCUCAUGGAAGUAUUCAAUGCGAAUGAAGGUAGUGGCAAAGGUUUCAAAGCCCGUACAGGAGGUGAACUUGCAGAUGCUAUUGAAAAAGCUCAGGCAAAUGUUAGUGGCCCAACAUUGAUUGAAAUUCAAAUUAACAGAGAUGAUUGUACAAACGAACUCAUCACAUGGGGUCACUUUGUUGCCCUCGCAAACGCGCGUCCCCCGAAGAAAACGACUUAA